AAUCGUAAUUAUUAUUAUUACACAAAAAAUUCGAUCAAAUAUUUUGUACAAAAGUCGAAUGAAGAACAGUUGAAAAGGUCGAGAUUUUGUAUUAGAUUGUAUAAAAUGAAUACAUCUCUAAUAAAACAUCUAUGUACUUUAUUGCUGAGGACCAACGGAGAACUCAGCACUAUUUCAAAGCGAUGUUACCAGUCUCACCGUAUACGAAACCAGACCCUGGACAAACAUCGUACUUCUCCACUGAACAAACAAAAAACUGAAGAUGCAAAAAAUGACAGCAAACCAGUUACAAAUAAAGAUCCUGAAGUGCCUACCAGAUUUCUACAAAAGAAUCCAGAGUUCCUCCCUAAUCCUGACUGGGGGUACAGAGACCAGAUUGCUGAAAUGGUCGAGAGAAAUGACAUGUACAGACGUCGCAGAAACAUUUUUAUGCCUGAGUUUUAUGUUGGCAGUAUCUUAGCGGUGACCCUAGCUGAUAAGUUUGCACUGGGAAAGACAUCGCGAUUCUUAGGACUCUGCAUUUACCGAGGAGAUCAGGGACUUCAUCAUAAGAUUAUUCUUAGAAAUGUGAUAGACAAUGAAGGUGUGGAGAUGAUGUAUGAACUGUACAGCCCGCUGAUCCAGAAGAUAGAGGUGAUCAAGUUGGAGCGUCGGCUUGACGACGAGCUGUUCUACCUUCGAGACUGCCCCCUCGAAUACAGCUACUUCCCACAGGACAUGGAGUCCCAGAAUAUAUUCAAGGACAUGCCUGUCACCACAAACACAAUCAAGGUUAAGUUAAAUCCGCGGCCGUGGUCCCAGCGCUGGGAGAGGGUCGACCUGCAAGGAGUCGAGCCUUUCACAGGGUGGAAGAGCGAGAAACAGAGGCUCAAACUCAAGAGACUGGCCAAUCAGCCGCAGGUUAAGAAGGAGUGGGAGAAGAUGGACCUGAUGAAGCAUUACCGGGAGUCGAUCCCGCCAGAGGAGUCGAUGAGGAUAUACGGAGAGGUGGUUAAAGACGCGAAAGACUGGAAGAAUAGGGAAGAACGAGAGACUUAAGACAGUGCAUCUCGUGCUUUCAUGUGAGCCUUGCUCUGUGAAUACACGAUUUAACUCUAAAUGUUCAAAUGAAUAUUAGCCUCGGUCUGAGAAAACAGGGCUUAAUGCAGGUUUGUAAAAGGGUUGUAAAAUCACGUCCCAGAUAAGCUUGUAGGGAUUGCACAGACUAAUUAGGGACUCUUUUUUUCGCUUAGAAACAUUUUUUGUUUAAUAGACAAAAUCCCAUGAAAGCAGAAAGUGUCGUCCUUGAUUGGCCUGGGCAGACUGCACAUGCUCAUCUGGAACAACACUUCAUGCAGAUGCAUUCAGCUCAGUUUUUCCUGAACUCAGUUUGUUUGGUCUUGGAGUGAGGCUUAGAGGCUGUGAGGGGGUUCUAUGUGAUCAUGAGUUUCUGAGAGAUAGGGCAUGAUUUGUCAUGUAUUGGUUAAAAACAAGUUGGCUUGAAGUCUCUUAAACGUUCAUUUGUAUAAAGCAUUUUAUAUUAGUCUUUUAAAUAUUAAAGCAUUAAAGAGAUAUACAAAUUUA